CCGGAAAUGUUCCGUAUCGUCACUCUAACCGAGGUUUGUCCAUUUGUUACUUUCCCCUUACUUAGUAACUACGAGAGCAAAUGGUGUAGCGUUCACAAAACCAGUCCAACGACGAGGACGUUGCUGCUCUCAAGGGGCUGUUAAGCCACCUACCUCGAAGCGGGCCGGUGUUGAGCGUUUUACCGGCGAAAGCAUGACGUGCCGCGAUCGGACUAUCGAAUUCCAGUCGGCCUGCAAAUCUCUCCAAGGCAGACAGAAUGGAGUGCAGCCCACAAAACCAGCUCUCAACGCUCUCAGGCAGCGCAGUGAUUUUACGGUCAUGGCUAAGAGAAUUGGAAAAGACCUGAGCAAUACAUUUGCCAAGUUGGAAAAGCUAACAAUUUUGGCCAAAAGAAAAUCUCUAUUUGAUGACAAGGCAGUGGAGAUUGAGGAGCUCACGUAUAUCAUUAAACAAGACAUUAACAGCCUAAACAAACAGAUAGCACAGCUGCAGGACUUGAUCAGGUCACGUGGAGCACCGGGCGGAAAACACAUCCAAACCCACUCCAACACCAUUGUGGUGUCCCUACAGUCCAAACUGGCCUCCAUGUCCAAUGACUUCAAGUCAGUCCUAGAAGUUAGAACAGAGAAUCUGAAGCAGCAGCGCAGCAGGAGAGAGCAGUUCUCCCAACCUCCUUCAUCAUCCUCCCCACUCAUGGCCAAUAAUUUCAGGAGCCGCAAAAAAGGGGCCCAGGAGCCGCAUGCAGCUCGCGAGCCGCGCAAUGACUACCAGGGCUUUACAACCUCAAAUGUAAAAGAGAGUUCGGUCUUGAUGCAGGACGAGUCCCGGAGUCUAGGCGAUGUGGCCAUCGACAUGGACUCUCAAUCCAACCCCCUCCAGCUCCAGCUCAUCGAUGAGCAGGACUCGUACAUCCAGAGCCGCGCAGACACCAUGCAGAACAUCGAGAGCACCAUCGUUGAACUGGGCUCCAUAUUCCAGCAGCUGGCGCACAUGGUCAAAGAGCAGGAGGAGACCAUUCAGAGGAUCGACUCAAACGUGGAAGACACGCAACUGAACGUGGAGGCGGCGCACUCUGAGAUCCUCAAGUACUUCCAGUCUGUGUCUUCCAACCGCUGGCUGAUGAUCAAGAUCUUUCUUGUCCUGGUGGUCUUCUUCAUUAUCUUUGUAGUCUUCUUCGCCUGAGGAAGAAAGAACAGGAAACGCGGCGGGAAAAAGGCAGACAUUUUGUGAAAAACGGACCUUCAAACUGAGGCUUCGAAAUCCCACGGAAGGAAUGCAGACUUUUAAUUGUAUGGAGGAUUAUAGAAAGCUUUUUCCACAUGACAGCACGGAAGAAGUUCUCUUAUAGCCCCAUUUUUUGUAGCGGGUGAGUUGGAAGUUGUUCUGAAUCCUACUUUGACCAAUGAUUCAUUGUUUAUGGCUAUAAUUUAAUGGUUUGAUUCUGCAAACUUUCUUUUAAUUUUGUUUUUGUUUUUUGUUCUUAAGUGAUAGUUCAAAGCCAAACUGUAAGCAUGCUUCUAGGAUCAUGAAUUACAGCCACAACGUCGUAGUAUUGAAGUAUUGUUUGUUUGUUUGUUUUUGCCAAACGUAAGUGAGCACAUCUGGUGCACCAGAAGAACUUUGCCGACUGAAGCCAGAGCUGGUCCAAAGUGCUCAAGACAGCUUACUUAACAAAUAGAUUUAAAAUAAAACUUCUUUCAAAGUGGUUUCCAUGUUGGACAUCAGCGCUUGUGAAGGGUUUUGUUUUUAACCCAGAAGUGACUGGACGUCCUUUUGCACACGCGCGCACACCCUUUUGAAUCUUCACAGUGUACAGGAUCUAAUUUAAAUGACCAAUUUUUAAGAAGAAACAACAUUCUGUCACUUUAUUCCCCCCCCCCCCCCCCUGUAUAUUUUCUUUUUAUCUGACUGCCUUACCUUUUGUGUACAAAGUGCAGAUAGUUAUGAAUGGUGUAUUGGUGAGAAAAUGCAUAUUAAUAAAACAAUAAUAAGGUGCUGGCA